GAAUUCAAGACUACCUACAUACUUUGAGAAGGCCCAACAAGCUACUCCAACUUCCGCUACUCUCGCCCGACCCUCCCUCCUGACUCUCACCACCCCGAAUAUCUCAAGAUGGCCCGUAACUCUGAAAAAGCGCAGUCGAUGCUCUUCCGGUUCCGCGAGGCGCAAGCCGCGGACCUGGGGAUCAUCGACGCCGGGCGGUCGCGGCGGCCGCGCAGCAUCACGGAUCAGGACAACGUACCGGCGUGCGAAAAAUGGCGGGGCCAGGUGCUGAAGGAGGUGUCGCGCAAGGUGUCCAAGAUCCAGGACCCGGCGCUCAGCGACUACCAGGUCCGGGACCUGAACGACGAGAUCAACAAGCUGAUGCGCGAGAAGCACAUGUGGGAGGUACAGAUACGGAACCUCGGCGGGCCGAACUACAUGCGCGGCGGCGGCGGCGGCAAGAUGUACGACGAGACGGGCCGCGAGAUUCCGGGCGUCGGUGGGAAGGGGUACAAGUACUUUGGCCGCGCGAGGGACCUGCCAGGCGUGAAGGAACUGUUCGACGCCGCGAGGGCGCGCGCCACCGAUUCGGAGAAGCCGCUCGAGGCGAGGGACGACCUGAGGAAGCAGGUCGACGCCGCGUACUACGGCUACGCGCCCGGCGAGGAGGAUGAGAACCUGCUGGCAUACGAGGCGUCGAGGGAGAUGGAGGCAUUUGAGCACCUUGCCAAGACGGGCGCCAAGGAGCCGCCCGCGGGCUGGGAACCCUUGCCGGGGGAUUCCGGCGACGGGCAGGCCUGGGAACUGCCGACGUUGGAGGAGGUUCAGGAGGAGCUGGUCAACCGGCGGAGACAGAGGCUACUGGAUCAAUUAUAGGGCUCCGGAAGGUGUGAUGCCUAUGACUCUCUCUUUCAUGGCUGCGGUGUGCCCCGGAUCGUGUGUUGUGCUUCCGGCCACGGCUCUCCACCGCGCGACCUCUCAUGACCUUUUAGGAGUUGGGGUUCUAAAGACCCGGCCAGGCGUUAGGAUUUCAUAUGGGAAAUUUUGGUACUCAUUCUAUGUACACGUUGAAAGUGCAUCUGUAUUGGUACAAGGUGCUCGGGGUUUAACUAUGUUAGGAAAUGACGACGUAGCAGACAAACUAGGGGGUGACGAGCAUCUCAUCGAUAUUGCGCUUGAUGUCUUGCCGUUGGAGGCACUGCUCAUGGUUCCCCGGGUCUGCUUAAUCCUACUUUCAUUGAACAGGUUAUUUGCAACAAGUAAGCUCACUACUGAUGGCAAGGAACCAUGCC